CGGGCUGUGUAGAGUGAAGAUUGCGUAUGCGUUUGUGUGUUUGUGGUGGCUCUGUCAAUGACGAGAAAUUGAAAUUGGUGGUGAUUUGCUUGUGGUUUUUACUGGUUUUGGUGUCGAAGCCUCUACAGGUUGACAUCAUUUGUAAGAUCCCUACUUUACAGUUUCAGUUGAUCACCGCCGUUGAAUUUACUCCCCAGCGAAAGUCCAAGCUUUCCGAUCCCCUAUUAACGAGUUUUUAAAUCGCAGGCUGGGGAGCUAAUAAGCGACUCUAAAUCAGGAAGCAUUGAGUUAAAUCACCCGCAUCUGAUUACAGCCGUGCUUCUGACGGUGAGAAGCAGGGCGAAGGAAAGGAAUGAACCAAAGUGAAUGUCUUGAGGGUCUUUCUGUCCUGCCUUAGUGCCUGAUUCUUUCUCCCGGAACCUGACCUGAGACCUGGGCUGCAGGGAAUGAACCAACCAAGCCGAGCCUGACACUGCGCUUAGCUUGCUUCCAUUCAAUGCGCCUCACCUCACACACUUCUACAGCCAGUACAACCAUCCCCUCUUCACGACUCUCCGUUGCUUUGCUGUAACCAAACUCGCCCAACAUUACCACCAUUCUCACUUUGACAGCCUGAAUCUCACUUUGCCUGAUCCUCGCUUUUUUCCUUGUCAUACCGCGAUAUCAUUAUCGACUCCUCCUUGCGCCCACUAUUCUUGACCGCUUUCUUGAACUGAACACCCUUGGAAUUAUCGACGACAACCACGAAUAACCACGAAAUCACUAUCCGCCAUACGAUACUCUUACCACAUCUCCAUGGUCCACCAUGUCCUCCAAGGACCACGACCUCGAGGUCCCAGCCGAUGAGCGGCCGCGCGAAAAGCCAAGACGCUCCAAAUCCGAACGAAAGGAUCACAAAGAUCGCGACCGAGAUCAUGAUCGGGAAAAGCAUAAGGACCCCGACCGCGAGCGUCGCCGACAUCGCACCUCACGAUCUUCUAGAAGCAAGCUCAGUGAGGUGAGCGACAACGUUUCUCACACAUCUAGUCGCCGUCACCGUCACCGUAGGGAAAGGGACAGUGACGAGCACACCCACCGUCAUCACCGCGCAGCUUCGACCAGUGACUUGGCUAGCUCAGACAUGGCCAGGACGUCAACAGCUGCUACCUCUAUACUUUCUGAUCGCAUCUCAAUGCCUUACCCGUCUUUCAGCAAGGCACACAGUAAGGAGGCCAUCGUUAGUCGCGACUCCCUGUCUCUCCCUCGCCAACGUAGUCCCAAACCGUCUACUCCUGAACCUACAGAUGCUCCAAUCACUGAAGAUUCGAGAUCCCGCAAGGGUUCUGACAGCGGCAAGCCAGAUGUGCCGCUCAGUCCACCCCGAACUGAUCUGGAUGCGGACAAAACAGCAGUGAACGAGGAAACACCAGAGGAUCCAGCCAAAGAAGAAUAUCCAAAAGAGGAAGCCCCCGAAAAUGAAACGCCAAAGGUUGAGACACCUAGAGAGGAAACCCCAAGGAUCCGAACGCCUACAGAAGAACUCCCAGCAUCCGAGGCUGGUCUCGAACAGCCAAAGUCAAGAGUGUCAAGUCUAUCUUGCUCGGUAUCACGAAACGAGGAGCGCUCCCGUGUGAGUCGUCGGUCCGGAGUCUCAAGCCAAGCUACCUACGUCAAGUCUUCAUCGCGCCGCUCUGGCGACAAGAUUCGCCGUUCUGAUUCUCGGGCAUCUAGUUCUUCUCAUCGCUCUAUCCACCGAACAUCAUCUACUCGAAGUCACAGAAGGUAUGAUGUCGAUGGAGCAUCUUCUCCUUCAAGCGCUCAGGAUUCAUCUCCCAGGACACCAACCCAGGCCCCAUUCCCUCAUGGAUACCCGGAUGCCAAGCCUGAGACUCCCUCAGUCAUCGACGUCCAAGACGUCGAUUCAAAUCUGCAUUCGAAGACAGCAACACCUGCGUCUACUUUUGGUGCUGCUCCUCCGCCUCCACCACCUCCUCCCCCUCCUGCCCUCGAUGUUCACGAUAUGCCGCGAGUCGACUAUUUGCUCCAGAACGGUGGCCUGGCUUAUACAGCCCCUAAGAACUUCCUUUCUGUUUUACCCCGUCAGAAUGGGAACCGACCUUCAAACCCUCCUCUAGUCGGUACAGACACCCUGUUUGCUCCCUUCCAUAAUCUAUUAGACCAGUACAACACAGUACUCAGCAAGCAGGGUUCUAUUGCUGUCGCUACUGGGCACCGUUCUGUUGCUCGCAGGCUGUUGGACCGCCUCGAAAACGUCUUUUCUCGCGACCUGCCUCCUCAUGGUUGCACUUGCAUCAUGUGCGAUAACCCUCAUGAAAUUCACGAUGGUCUCAACUGGGGUGAUGUGUUAGAGUGGGUGAGCGGUCGAAUUGACCUCCCGCAGUGGCCGCCCUUUGAUCUUGCCGAAGUUGGCACCAAAGCUGCUGAAAUCUCCGGCGACAGGCCUCCUCGACCUCAGUCGCCUGUCCAGCUGGACCCUGAUAUUGCGGAGGAGUUUAGGGAGCACUAUCUCCGUCAGUCGAAGAAAGUUCGCUCUGCUGUCGACCGAUGGCUAUCCAACACUGGAGAAACACCAGUGCCACCUCCCCAAGAUGUCGACGACGAGACAUUGUCCUUUGCUAUUCUCACAAACCUUGACCCCGAGGACCGCCCUUACUUUAACGCGAUCAUGACCGGCUCGAAGGAGCUGAAGUCGUCAGUUCGUGCUCCUACACCUGGACAUCGACCACGAACAGAUUUUCUCAUUAAGACCGGCCUGGCCCUGCAGCGGCUAUACAGAUUGCAGCAAGUGCCACGAGACGCUGAAUCGGCCACGUAUCUGGUUAAGAACCCGCAUACGCAUGAUCUCCUCGUUGCACUUUCCAACAUCAACAAUUCAGAGUGGGAGAUUCUCAUUUCUGGUCGCUUCGACGGCUUCCUCUGGUCAGGAGCUGACGAUGAUGUGUCACAAACUCCUCACAAUGAAUCGCGCGGCCCGACCCCCGCUAGUGCCUAUUACAAUACACGAACGAUGAGCCCUGGACCUCGAGCUUCAUCGUCGUUCAGUUCGAGAAACACGACUCCUUUUUCGGUCUACUCACGAGGUACAACACCAGCCUCAUUCGUCAGUGUCAACACUACAGGAAUGCCCGGAAGUCGACAGGCCGUCUCGAACGAUGAGGAGAUGGAAAUGGCAGCCAUUGCAGAAAUUGAACGAGAGAUCUAUAAGGGAAUGGAGACUCUGGAGGAUGCCUUCGAGAAGUUGCACAAGAAGGCCGAAGUUGUCCGGAAUGCACUACGCCAGCGAGGAGCUGCUUUGAUGCAGAACUUGCAGAACCGCCGUCGUAUUGACGUGCUUUCCGGCCCCAACUCUGGAAACUCCCAAGCUUCGGGCUAUGAGCGCCCGGCUUGGGCUGGCGAAAGCGAUCGUGAUCCGGGAAGUGACGAUGAUUGGGCAUUUGAUGAUGUCGACAUCAUGCCUGAUGAUUCGGCCAGUAACAUCAGUAGUUCACGACACCGACGACCUAAGAGGCGUACGGAGCGACGAACACCAGCCCCGAUCAACGAAGAGGAUGAGGAUUGAGCGUCAGACUACGAUACCCAGAACUCCAUGGCAUGAUGGGGGAGGAUUAUACGAAUGACGACAGAAACGUUUGAAGGAAGCGCAUCUUUUCCAGUAUAGAGAUCUCAAAAACCAGUCCAAUGUCUAUUGUCACGAGAAUUUGUUUGAUUCACCAACGAUUUGUGAGAGCACCUCAAGAUGUUUGAGAUUGACUGUCAGAUACCACACAUGUAUUCCCAACGUUGAAAAAUGGGGACUACGCUAUACCUCGAAGGUGGUUGAGGAGGUUUAUUUUUGCUUUGCUUUUAUUCAUUCUUGCUCUGUUGUUUUUACUGCCUUGUUCUACGGUGGGAAAAGAAAGACCGCAAAGGUCUAUCAUGGAGAAAAUGAAACGUCAAUCACUGAUGGUGACGAACUUGUCAAAGUUUGUUCAGAGCUGGGGUUUUCUGGCCCAGAUCUGAGGUAGUUGUCGGAUCCUUGUUCAAUUGUUGGUGGAUGUGUCAAUAGAAAGGGAGAGGUCUUGAGCUUGAAGGAUGCUUGGGUCCGGUCAUUGAUCAGGGACAGAUGAUAGAAGGAUAUACCUCUGGCAGAUUUAAUGAAUGAUGGGUGGAAUAAAUGACCUGCUCCUUUUCAAGAUCAUUCCUGAAGUGACUUGAUAACGAUGACUCCAUGGAAGCCUCUAUGCUAAUGUGCGUGACGUUUACACGAGAA